CAAUUACAACACCCCAGAGGGUUUAGCGUCCAAUUUUGAUAAAAGCAAACUCGAAACAGGAGUUGCCGCUUUCUUUAUCAUUCUGUCGAUUGAUGUGACGCGCGCAGCUACAGAGACUAGACGUCUGAAUUUGGAAUAUAAACUUUGAUAAUGGCUGAAAGUGAUUACGUUGAUCCCAUUCUUAUUCAAACAAAUGAUUAUAUCCUCUUCAAUUUAACUUACCCUUUUGAAAUAGAGCCUGUCUCAUACUUCUGGGCCGCUCUUUUCGUAGCAACAAUAAUUACUGCUGCUGGGGGAAACAUUAUCGUCAUUUGGAUCGUUUUGACUAAUCCACGCAUGCGCACAGUGACGAAUUGUUUUCUUGUAAACUUGGCGGUGGCGGAUGUUUUGACAACGUCAUUCAACAUGAUUCCCGCUUCGUACAUGAAUAUUACACAAAAUUGGAUUUUCGGGAAAGCAUUAUGCAGAAUUAGUACUGCGAAUGGAUAUUUUUGUGUUAUGGCGACCGUUUUCUCGUUGGUGGCAAUAACGUUGGACCGAUAUAGAGCAAUUGUUUACCCAUUAAAACCAAGACUGUCGAAGUUAACAACUAUUGCGAUUGUUGUAAUAAUUUGGAGCCUUUCUGCAGCAUUUGCUUACCCAGCACUUUUUUACUCUACCACACUAGCAGCUGUUUACGCUCUAGAUGACACUUUGAUACACAGAUGUUACAUUGAUUGGCCUGAUGGACAACAGAAUUAUGGAUUUGAUAACUUUAUAUACCAUAUGUGUUUUACGGUAUUUACGUACGUUCUACCAUUGUGUAUAAUGACUGUUUGUUAUAGCGUCAUUGGAGUGAAGCUGUGGGGAGGCAAGAUGCCGGGGGAAUCUGUACCCAAUCGACCCAGACCCCAUCUUGAAGCUAAAAGAAGGGUUGUUAAGAUGAUCGUUGUGGUGGUAACAAUCUUCGCCCUGUGUUGGCUACCGGUGCACGUGUACUUUCUACUAUCAAGAACUAUCGAAGAUAUCUACUUAAUUCCAUAUAUACAGCAUGUCUACUACUUCACCUGGUGGCUCUCAAUGAGCAAUUCCAUGUGCAAUCCGUUUAUAUACUGCUGGUUAAAUGACAGAUUUCGCAAAGGGUUCCAACAUGUAUUUAGGUGUCUUCCGUGUGUGAAAGCGAUCGACCCACCGGAGAAGCCGGUCAAUCGGAGUAGGACUAGCAAUUUUACUAUGAUGAGUAUGCACAGUACGUCAUCAGGAAAACGCACUGCUUCUAGAAACAGCUCCUUUAUGACAACUACCAUGUACGAAUGCCAUGACUCCAUGGGGGAUGACAACACAAUAUGACAAAAGAAACGUGUUACAAACGCACCACCACUAAUGCCGUGACGCCUUAUCAGGACUGAUACCAUUCAGGGGCUACAGUCAAAAGUGGAUAUUAUCCUACGUCUGUGCUUAGUCCCACCUAACUUAAAAGUAGACUGGAAAAAGUGCCUAAAACUGCUAGUGUACACGAAUUAACAACUAAGAGGUAAAAAAAGUGAAAUGUUAGUCAAAAAUCACUGCAUCACAGUGAAACAUUAGGCCUACUGUUCCCAAAGGUCAUGUUGGAUGCUAUUGAAUUGCCACGAUGGGGAAAUCAUCAUUCUUUAACUUUGAUCAUGCUGUUCAUUAAAGAUUUGGAAUGGAUUUCUUGUGUCGCUCCUGCUCACAAAUAGGAGAGACCGCUGACAAUAUUUCUCAAUGACUCGGGGUUGCUGAGACGGAUACAACAUUUUCAUUUGGCUGACGCACACCACCAAUAUACUGACAAUAGCAUUCGUCAUUUAACUGUCACGUUCUGAGACACUAGAUACUAGUAAUUGCCUAUUAACUGUUGCGCGCGCUCAGACGCAGAAAACAUUUCUCAUUUGUCUGAGAGAAAACCCCGUUUCGUAACCUUAUCUGUCACAAAUCGACAAACAAAAUGUGGCUGUCGUUCACCAUCGACACCCUAACAACACGGGUCAUUCCACCGUUAUUUGACGCUCGUAAAACGCUUAUGUCUCAGAUUCAAUAUUAAUCAAACUUUGCUCAUACCACUGUUAGCCUACCUGCACCCGUCAAGAGCAGCCGAAAAGCUUGGUGUACAUACAAUCGCUACACGCCACCGCCGACGGCUUCCCGUGAUGCCGAUUGGUCGGUCGAGUUGGGGAGCCUCCCCGAUCGUGACGGGGACUGCUACGCAGUACACCGAUUGCACUGAAAACACUGUAGCGAUUGUACGGAAACUAGGCUUAACGUCAAAAUAACAAAACACUCUCACAAGCAAAUUUAUGCCGAUAUAUAGUCAUGAUGUGCCUAUUAUUACGGUCAUGGUGUGAUGUCAUCUUGACCGCAUUUAGGCAUGUCAUAUGUUUUUGUCAAAUAAAAUCUGAUCGUCUGGACAGGGCUUUACUCGACAAGGACACAAACUACAUUUCACACUGACUGAUCAACAGGUACUCACGAAUACUCACUCAAUACAUAAGAAUACUUAAUUUGUUCUUAAGCUUGGCACUCACUUCGCACACGGUCGUCGGCCGACGCGAUUCUAUGAAAAACGCAACACGACGACGCGCGCGCAACGGAUCGUGUUUAAUGACGAUCUGUUCAGACUUCUAAUGACAAACAGCAGACGGCGUUGCGUCGUCUCGCUCACAGGGAGCGAAGUUGGAUUCGUCGUGCGACGUGUACGACCGUCGUACGACGCAGUGAGUGCCCGGCAUUAGAUAAUUGCAAGUUAAUCCAUGAACUAAAACUACCUAAUAAUGUACUCCUUUGUCCUGUUUCACAGAUUGCUUAUUAACACACUCAAUUUUAAAAUUUAAAAGCAUGGAUGGAUUCAACACAAUAAGAUAAACAAUUCUAACAACCUAUACUAUGGUAGAUAGACCUAUUCUCAACGAAGAUAUCUGUUGAUACAGACGUACGUAAGCCACGACAGUGACAAAGCUUCAUUUAUGAUUAAUUAACGACUGUGUGUAAAUAGCUAUAAAUUUGACGUUCACAUGAUAAAUGAUGAAACUAGGACAUUGAAGAUAUACAGAUAAUUUAGACGUAAUUUAAACGCGAAAACGCGUUUAACGCGAGAAUGAAAUGCUUAUAGCAGAAAAAUUGACGAUAAUAUUUUAGUAUACUCUCGCAGUGUUUGACGACGGUAACCAACUGGA